GAGGAGGGGCCCUGCCCUGCCGGGGCGAUAAAACCGAGGCGAGGGGAAGCCUGCGAGAGGACAGGACUGCUUGGGAAACAGACACUCAGCCCCCCUGGAGAAGAAGACAGCCAGGGAGCCGCUGGGGGAGACACAGUGUGGAUUUACUGCCUGCACCACAACUGCCUGGAGCCCCACACACGCACCGGGACCGGCUCCGGCUCCGCACGGACUACAGGACAGCAGCAGUCAGGAGCGAGUGAGAGAGAGAGAGAGAGUGCAAACGAGGGAAAGCGCUGAGGAGGGAGAAAGAAAAAGAAAGAGAGAGAGAGAGAGAGAGAGAGAGAGUGAGUGGGUGAGACAGAAAGAGGGCAUGAAAACAGAGGCGGUAAAUUAAAUACCACCGAUACCACCCACUGAGCCUCCAUACCACACACGGAGGACUUGUCACACUCUCCAACACCCAGACACGCACACCCUCACACACACACACACACACACACACACACACACACACACACAAACUCGUGUACACACAGAGAGACACACCACAGUGUGCGCUCAGUGACUCAACCGCUAAGUGAGACUCCGGGACACAACAUCCAUACUGCACACACACGCACACAAACACACACACACUCACACACACACACACACACACACACACAGAGACGUGCGCGCACCCACACGCAAGCACGCAACUCGUCACCCUCAGCCGUUCUGACAACACCACACGCGGUGAUUUGAUUGCACUAAGUGGAUGAGCUCACACCUGAGGAAGGUCUGAGGCAGAGAGACGCGCACCCACUCACCGAAGAGCACAGAGCAGCUCAGAGCAGCAUGGCAAAGUAAGGGAACAGGGGCGUCUCUCUCUCUGCUCUGCUCUGCAGCCUGCAAUCACCCAGCUCAGUCCGGCAGAGCCCAGCGUGUGGGUCACAGCCUCAGCUGGACAGCAAGCCAAAGCCAAGGACUUUUUUUUCUCCAAAUCACACUCAAGGCAAAGUGAGACGGCAGGACAGACGGAGAGCAACACUGUUCCUCAGAGGGCAGAAGACAGGAUAGUGAGAGAGCCUGUGAAGAGAGAGAGAGAGAGAGAGAGAGAGAGAGAGAGAGAGAAAGAGAGGACACUUCCGUUGCUUCCAAACCGCGGGAGAGGAUGGGUGCCUAGCCCCCCUCCCGAGGAGGACUAGGAGAGGAGUCACGCGAAGGAGCCCACACCGAGCCACGCACGUCUGGCACCCCGGAGGAUGGUGCCCCGCCGAGGGCCACUGGGGGUUCCCCUGCCUCUGCCCCUUCCCACGCCCCAGCCGCUGCCGCGGGGGCGGAUGGCUCUGCUGCCCCUGCUGCUGCCCCUCCUGCUGCUGCUGCUGCCCCUGCGCUGCGCCACACAUGGCGAGGACAGCGCCGAACUGGACGGAGACAACUACACGGUCAGCACUGAGAGCCCGUCUUCUUCACAGGAGACUAUCUCGUCUGAUGCGGCGAUAGUCAGUCCUCUCAACACAUGGCUGUUGUUCAGGAACUCCAAUAAGGGCGAGACCAAGAAUCCCAAGAGACAUCCCAAGAGACCAUCUAAGCAUGGUCUCCCUGGCCCUCCUGGCCCCCCCGGCCCCCAGGGCCCCCCAGGUCCGCCGGGGCCCCGGUAUCCGCUGCAGGAGGCCCUCAUGCAGGAGUUCCAGCUCAAGCUGAAGGAGCUGGUGGGCUCACAGUGUCUGUUCUGUGACCAGCCCCCUCGUGUGGUUACAGCCUUCCACUGCCGUCUGCACCACAGCCUGACCGUGCCCCGCCGCAGCCUGCAGGAGCUGCAUCCCUUCAGCCCGCCCUCGGAGACAGAGCAGUUCCACCAGAGGGGCCAGGCCUUUAACGCCAGCAGCGGCCGCUACACGGCGCCCAUCUCCGGCUUCUACCAACUCACCGCCAGCCUGCAGAUUGAGUCCAGUGAUACACAGAGGAAGUCACAGUCCAGGCCCAGAGACAGUGUGAGAGCCUCUAUUUGCAUCGAGUCUCUGUGUCAGAGCAAUGUGUCUCUGGAGACAGUCACUGGAAUUGGCUCAACAGGCAGAGUAUUCAGCAUCUUACUGACAGGAACACUUUACCUACAGGGAGGGGAGUAUGUGUCCGUCUUUCUUGACAAUGGGACAGGUUCAGCGCUCACAGUCCUUCAAGAUAGCUUGUUCUCUGGGAUCCUUCUUGGAGUGUGACACAUUCAGACACACAUACACACACACACACACACACACACACACACACAAACACACAAACAUAUACGCACAUGCAGCUAACCCCACCCACACACACACCCACACACACACACACACACACACACACACACACACACACACACACACACACAAACACACACUCACUCACACAAGCCCAUCAUGGAGGGGAAACCAAACCACAAAAACAGCCUAAGAUUUUUAAGAGGCUCUUGGCAUGUCUGCAUGUUCUCUUUGGCUGGAUGACCUAAUAAUUUGAAAACAGGGGGGCAACAGAGAACAGUAAUACCGUAAUUGCAACUAGGAGGACUUUCCAGGCACCCCACACCAUUCAGACCCUAAGCAGCUUCUGCAAUUAUCCAUAACACUGUUGCCAGGACAGCGGGACGGCACUGUCUGUCUCAUGUUUGCAAAUGGAUGGCAACGAGAAAGGAAAGUUUGUUUAUAGAGAUGUAUUUUUUUUUAACACCGUGUUGAGUUUCCAUCUAGCAAACUCUAUAAAAGUCCUGUUAUAUUUAUUUUCAUUGCUCUCCAAAAAACAAAAAAGGUGUAGAUAUUUGUUUCUGUGUUUGAUAAUGUUUGUAAUAAAUCCUCUUAUAAAUUU